UCACCCCUUUAUCUUCUCCGCUAUAUUUUGCAACCCUUUUUCCUAACUAAUACAGAGGAAAAAAAACCCUCAUAGGCCAAAAGGGUUGGUGUUUUUUUAACUACUUAUAAGAUAAAAAAAAAAGUUAUAAAGGAACCACCUUUAUGCAUAUAAAUUAAUUAAAUCUCAAAAUUCUCAACUGGGUCUUUUAGUUUCUUCCGUUUUUCACCAAUUUUCAUUUCUGGGUUUUUGAGAAAAAGAAAAUGGGUAGGGGAAAAAUUGAGAUAAAAAGGAUUGAAAAUGCUAAUAGUAGACAAGUUACAUUUUCAAAGAGAAGAACUGGGCUGUUAAAGAAGGCUCAGGAACUAGCCAUUCUUUGUGAUGCUGAGGUUGCUGUUAUUAUUUUCUCUAAUACAGGCAAACUUUUCGAGUUUUCGAGUUCUGGUAUGAAGCGAACACUUUCAAGAUACAACAAAUGUGCGGAUUCUUCAGAGACUGCAGUAGUGGAAUAUAAAACAGAGAAGGAAGAUUCUAAGAUGGUGGAGAUUCUUAAAGAUGAAGUUGCAAAGCUAGAAACAAACCAAUUACGGCUAUUGGGAAAAGAUCUAACAGGAUUAGGCUUAAAGGAACUGCAUCAUCUAGAGCAACAAAUUAACGAGGGGUUAUCGUCAGUGAAGGAGAGGAAGGAGGAAUUACUUAUGGAGCAACUGGAGCAGUCAAGAAUACAGGAGCAGAAGGCUUUGCUGGAGAAUGAAACUUUGAGGAGACAGGUCGAGGAGCUUCGGUGCUUGUUUCCGAUGACAGAACAUGUAAUUCCAACUUAUCUUCAGUAUCACCAUAUAGAAAGAAAGAAUUCCUUUGUAGAAAAUGGUGUUAAAUGUCCCAGCUUAGCCCGAAACUGCGCUAACGACAAAGCAGAUUCAGACACCACAUUGCACUUGGGGUUGCCAAGCGAUGUUCAUCACAAGAGGAAUGCACCCGAGAAGAAAACAUUUUCCGACGACUCGUAGAAUGAGAUGACUUUACUCCGGUCCAGUUCCAGCUUCUGUGUUUCAACACGGAAAAACGGAACUCGAGACUAAUUUAUUGCAGGUGUAGUUGUGCACAGUGUCGUUUAGAUCAAAAGAGGAAAUGUAGGAUCUUAGGUGACACCCAAAUUUAUAAAUGUAGAAUUUGGCUCUUUGAUAUUUUCAAGUUGCUGAUGAUUAAUGGUUAUACUAAAUUUUGGGAGAAUGGGCUGUCAAAAUCUUAAAUUAUGAGCCUUGUUUUAGUUGUCAUGAAAAUAUGCUUAGGCUUAUUGCAUAUUCAUCUUGCUUUAUGUUUUAAUUUAAACUUUAUUAAUCAGUAAUGCUAGAAACCUGGUUGCAUUUGCCUAUGCUAAGGUGAUGAAGAGAAAA